AUGCAGACAGAUGCAGAGCUGCAUGUCGGGGAUUCCUUUGAUGACUUUAGCAGUCUCAAAUGGGCAGUGGAAAUGUUUGAGAAGUCUCAGAAGUCCAAUUACUGGAUACGGGAUUGUCGCACCAUUGAGGCUGCCCAGAAAAAAGGGAUCAAACGAACAAUGAAAGAAUCACUGAUUUACUACAAUCUCACCUGGGCAUGUGUGAAAGGGGGUCGCAGUUAUGAUGAAAGUAUUCGCUCCCCUAGAGGUGAUUGCGGCUCCUGUGUGAAAGUGGCUGUGAGUAAAGAUGGCCAGAGUUUGGUAGUUAAAGACAUUUGCACUAAACACAACCACGACACAUCACAGGAGACUUUUGAGCGGCUUCCGAAGCAGAAACGUCUGUCAACAGAUAAUAUACAGAAAAUUACAAAGGUGAAAAGGGAAAAGAAAGACAAGGUACUGAAGAACCCAGCCAGAAAGAUCAUUCAGCGUAACCUUGUCAAGAAAGCUGGCAAGGUCACAAAAAUUAAAAAGUUUGGCAGCAAUAAUAUCAGUGGCUCCAAAAAAUAUCUGGCCCGUCCACGUUCUCUCCAGGAUUUUGUUGAUAACCUGCGUCUGAAUGGAG